GCUUAAUCCCCUCUGCACCUCAAAUGCGAGCGGUAAAAAAACAGAGACGAGGGGAAAUAAGAGAGAGAGAGAGAUGGCGGGUUAGAAAUCUGCGUUAUUUAAAGGGCCUUUUUUGAGAUCUCUUUUCCAGACGAAAUCGGCGUUUACGAGACCUAGAAAUCCCGUCCCAAGGGAGGGUUAGAUCUCUUUCUCAUUUAGGAAGAAACCCCAGUCCAGAGGAGGUAUUUAAAUAUUAGAAAAAGAUGAAGAGUAAAGAUCACAGGCCAGAUCAUCCUGACAAAAGUUCAAGGCUUGUCCCAAUGAGUAUACUGUUUAUAGUGUUAUGUGGAUUUUCAUUCUAUCUCGGUGGCAUUUUCUGCAAUGAGAGGAACAUACUCCACAUGAAUGAUGCUAGGCGGCCAGUCCAAACUCCAAAGGAGGUCACAACUGUUUCACUUCAUGUUCAACCCGUUGCUUUUCCUGAGUGUGGCAGUGACUAUCAAGACUACACACCAUGCACGGACCCACAGAGAUGGAAGAAGUAUCAGCGUCACAGGCUUAGUUUUUUGGAACGCCACUGCCCUCCAAUCUUUGAAAGGAAAGAAUGCUUAGUUCCCCCGCCUGAUGGGUACAAGUCACCAAUCAGAUGGCCAACUAGCAAAAACGAAUGUUGGUAUAGAAAUGUUCCGUAUGAUUGGAUUAACAGCCAGAAAUCCAACCAAAACUGGCUGCGGAAAUCAGGGGAGAAGUUCCUCUUUCCUGGUGGAGGUACCAUGUUUCCUAAAGGCGUCAGUGCGUAUGUUGAUUUGAUGCAAGAUUUGAUUCCUGGCAUGAAAGAUGGGUCCAUCCGAACUGCCAUCGACACAGGAUGUGGGGUUGCAAGUUGGGGAGGUGAUUUAUUAGACCGUGGAAUUUUAACUAUUUCUCUUGCGCCGAGAGACAAUCACGAGGCUCAAGUUCAAUUUGCACUUGAACGUGGGAUUCCAGCAAUCUUGGGAAUCAUUUCUACGCAGCGCCUUCCUUUCUCCUCCAAUUCGUUUGAUAUGGCCCACUGCUCUAGAUGCCUUAUACCAUGGACAGAAUUUGGUGGAAUUUAUCUCAUGGAGAUACAACGCAUACUUCGGCCAGGUGGCUUCUGGGUCCUCUCCGGUCCGCCAGUGAACUACCAGCGCCGCUGGAAAGGAUGGGACACGACUAUUGAAGAGCAGAAGUCAGAUUAUGACAAGUUACAGAUGCUGCUAACAAGCAUGUGCUUCAAAUUAUACGAUCAAAAGGAUGACAUAGCCGUGUGGCAAAAAUCUUCAGACAGCAGCUGUUAUGAUCAGCGUGGCCCGCCUGAUGUCUACCCACCAAAUUGUGAUGACAGCACAGAACCUGAUGCAGCAUGGUACACGCCACUCCGCUCUUGCCUGGUUGUUCCAAACCCGAAUCUCAAAAAAUCGGGAGUGGGUUCUAUUCCAAACUGGCCCGAGCGGUUACAUGUCACUCCUGAGCGCAUUUCGACAGUUCCUGGUGGGAACCCCAACGCAUUCAAGCAUGAUAACAGUAAAUGGAAGGCGAGGGUGAAGCAUUACAAGACCUUGUUGCCUGCGCUUGGAACUGAUGAGAUAAGAAAUGUCAUGGACAUGAAUACAGCUUAUGGAGGUUUAGCUGCUGCGCUUAUUGAUGAUCCUCUAUGGGUCAUGAAUGUGGUCUCUUCCUAUGGUGCGAAUUCGCUGGCUGUGGUCUAUGACCGGGGAUUGAUCGGAACUUACCAUGAUUGGUGUGAGCCAUUCUCAACGUAUCCUAGGACAUAUGAUCUUUUGCAUCUUGAUGGCCUCUUUACUUCUGAAAGUCAAAGGUGUGACAUGAAAUACGUGCUCCUUGAGAUGGAUCGUAUCCUACGUCCCAAUGGGUAUGCCAUUAUCCGUGAGUCUAGCUAUUUUAUGAAUGCCAUAUCUACCACUGCCAAAGGGUUGAGGUGGAAUUGCCAGAAACAAAACACUGAAUAUGAGACGCAGAAGGAGAAGAUUUUGAUCUGCCAGAAGAAGCUUUGGUACGCUAAGAAGCAGAGCCUAUGAUGAAAAGCUGAAGAAAAUGGAACGUCUAAGAGUUUCUUAUAGAAAACUGGCAUGGCUGAACAUCUUCAGAACUUCAAGAAGAGAAGAUGGGAAGCCUUCUUCGUUGGAUGGGCCGGGCCACAGCUUCCCCAUCCCGAAAAUCUGUGAGUUUUUAGGAUCCUUUUAAUUUAAUGGCGCUGUAGGUUCUUGAUUCAUUAAAUUUUGUUGUUCUUAUAUAUUCUUUAUAUGAUGUCAUCCAAUGGCUGGGAUGUUGACAUCGGUUUGGUUGUAGCUUGAUUUUCUUACUA